GGGACCGGUUCUGGUGUCGCUGCUGUGCGCGCUGCUGCAUCGCUGUGUUUGUUAUAACAUCUCUGCACAGAUCGACCCCGUGGUGUUUGAGGAGCAGCUGCUGUGGGUGAGCGGGGGCUCGGGCCAUGUCGACACCUACAGGAUCCCGGUGCUCACCUUCACCCCCAAGGGGAGCCUGCUGGCCUUCGCCGAGGGGAGGAAGUCCACAUCCAGCGACAUUGGAGCAAAGUUUCUGGCUAUGCGGCGCUCCACAGACAGAGGAAACACCUGGUCCCCGACGGUUUUCAUCGUGGACGAUGUGAAGAACCCCGACGGGCUGAACCUGGGCUCGGUGGUGGUGGACCAGGAAGUGGGCUCCAUCUUUCUGAUCUACAGCUUGUGCUUCCACCUUUACCACUGCCGCCCGCCCAGCACCAUGAUGGUGGAGAGCAGAGACGACGGCCUCUCGUGGAGCGCGCCCCGGAACCUCUCCGUCGAGCUCGGGGUCAAAGCGUUCGCACCGGGGCCCGGCUUCGGCAUCCAGAAGCGCUACAGCCCAGCUAAGGGGAGGCUGGUGGUCUGUGGUCACGGGUCGCUAGAGGGCGACGGCGUUUUCUGCAUCCUGAGCGACGACCACGGGAAAAGCUGGAGAAACGGCGCCGCCCUGAAGAGCAUUCCUUACAACCAGAAGAAAAGCGCUCAGGACUUCAACCCCGACGAGUGUCAGCCAGUUGAGAUGCGCGACGGCAGCAUCCUGAUAAACGUGCGGAACCAGAACAACUACCACUGUCGGUGUCGCGUCAUGGCGCGCAGCCUGGAUGGAGGAGAGUCGCUCCCCAUAGACGAGCUCUACUUCGACUCUGAGCUGGUGGAUCCGGCUGUAGCAGCUGGAGCUCUACAGAAGAACGGAAUUCUGUAUUUCACCAACCCCUCCAAUGAUCGCAACAGAGUGAACCUGACACUACGAUGGUCGCUGACGAACGGCUCGUCCUGGGAGAAAACAGCCGUGCAGAUAUGGGCGGGGCCGAGCGGGUACUCCUGCAUGUCGUCUCUGGACACCGGCUCCGUAGAAGACCAGAAGUUUGUUUUUGUCGUAUACGAGAAGGGCCACAAAGACUAUUAUGAGACCAUUUCGUUUGUCAAGAUUCACCUGUACGGUGGGCGGUAGAGCGCGGCGUGGACGGGUAGAAACUCGUUUGACCUCUUGGUACUUCUUCUCCAUCGCUGAAGGGAAAAGGGCAGAACAGGAGGAUGUUUAGUCCAAAAGCUUUCUCAGGGAGAAAGGAAGAGACUUUGAAAACUCUCCUCUGGAUGGGAAACGGAGGCUGGGCACCAAACAUGCUCCACUGUAGGGAUUCUCAAACCUUUUUUACUGAUUUCCUGAUUCAAUCACGUUUAUUUUGAGUCUUUGAGUUAAAAAUGAGAAAUUAAGGUUAAAAUACAAUAAAUUAAAAAAAGAUUUUUCCCUCUGAAGGGAAGGUGUGAUUAAACAAACUGAAUUUAUCAUUUUUGUUUAAAAAUCUUUUCGUAAAGCAAAAAAUAAUUAAAGAUUUAACUAAAGUUGCCAUAAAAAUAUUCAAACAUUGUGAUAACUGUGAUCAAUCUAGUACUUAGUUACACAUUUGGAUAUUUCAUAAAUAAUUUAGAAUAAUACAAAGUUUAAUUUAUUAUUACAGCUAUAACGUGAAUGAUGCUCCACAGCUGUGCUGUGUUUUUAUCAGACUAAUACACUUAAAUGACUCACAAUGUGUUUUCUCUUAAAGAAAUUUAUUUUCUUUAUUCAAUCUGUCAUAAUUGCCAAAUGUACUUUUUCAUUACGGAUUCUUUACGUCUAUUUUUGUUCGUAGGCCUGUCUUUUGUACGGUUUGUUUCUCCUUAUUUCGAUUAUCCCAGAGUCUUCCACUCGCACAAUAAUUGUGGAAACUGCAUUCAGGUAACUUUUUACAUUUUCUGCAAAGCUUAGAUGUUUCAGUGCCUAUUUUUGGGGAAGAAAAUCUUUGCGUUUUAAAGGUAAUUAACGAGAGAAAUUUGAUUUUUAGUAUUAUUUUUUUUAAAUGUCAAUUACUUUGAAAAAAACAGACUUUUUACAGUGACAUUGUCUCUGUAAAUAUCAGCCAACGCUCGUAUCCUGUCUUUUUAUUGGAUUGCACAACUAUAAAAAUGUAAGGAAUUCUCUUUUUCACAGCUAUAUUUUAUAAUACCAAGUGUGUAAUACGAAUAUGUGAAUGGAACGAACCAUUUCCUGCUUUUGGAAUUCUAUGAAGUAAUGUGAAAAUUCCCUUUAUUUGGUCUGACUUGAAUGUAUCUACGUUCUUUUGGCUUUGGGGUCUUUUAUUUUCUCUAAAAAAAGAUUUUCCUAAAUUUAAUUUCUGUGAUGGUUUUUAAAAAUGAGCCAGCUUGUCUCAAAUCUGUAAUUCUGUACUUUAAAAGCUCUUAUGAUGCAUGAAAAUGUUUUUUUUUCAUACUGUUCUACAUUGAUGAUAUUUUUCAAAGUUUCUUUAAAAUAAAUUAAAUCAGAAUUCUGAUUGUCACAAGAAAUGUGUUUUUUUUUCCUCCUAAAAAUAAGUUAACACUUUUACAGCCAGAAAAAAGCUGCUGGUGUCGAGUGUAAAGAAGAGGGAAAACUAUAAAAACUCAGCAGAAUACAGAAAAUUGAUUAUAAUAUAUAUUUUAAUCACCCAAAUCAAUUAAAACCACAUGAAUUUUUUUCUUUGAUUAUUAUUUAUUUUAUAAACUGCUCUAUGUUUGUUUCCUCCCUGUUCAAAAUAUUUUACAGGUGUCAUUUAUUUUUUAUUAAGGACUAAUAAUCUAAUUUAAAUUUGAUACACAAUGCAUUUGUCCAAUUUGACAACUGCUAAGUUCUUUGUAUGGAAUCGAGCGUGCAGGAGCUGCAGGUGACGUGUAAUGAUUUUAUUAAAAAUACCACAUUGGUGCAACAUUAGUGAGAUCUUUGUUGGUGUUGGAGACUUUUUUAAAAGAAAUCUUAUUUUUGGGUUUAAAUGUCUUAACGCUUUGAAGAAUUCUAACCUUCAACAGGAUCAAGUAGAGCAUUCAUUGUUACUAGUCCACAAUUUAAAAGUCCUAAAGUUUUAAGUUUAGAAUUUGUGGUUUUACUUUUAUUUUAAUUCUGCAAAAUUUCUUUUUUCAUCUUUUUUUUAAUAGUUUUGACAUUUGGAACUCAAUUAUGUUGACUUGAAAAGUCAAUGCAAAUAAAAUACAUUUAUAUUUGCUUUUUGAAAUUUUUACUUUAAAACCAACUCUAGUUACAAAAAACAGGUUUAACAUGGUCUGGUUGGUAUUAAAUGUGAACUGAAUCAAAUUUUAAAUUCAAAUUUUCACAAUUUUAAAUCAACUUUUU